CUCACGCCAGUUCAAAGCGUUCCAGAGAAAGUGACGGAGUGGCCAAUCCUGAUCUAUACUCUUCAACCAAAAGAACCACGACAAGCUGAAAAAUGCGUUGCUGUUCCAACUGGGGCAACAGUUCCUUUCAGAAUAAAAGCUCAACCAUCAAGACCCAGGCUUGGGUCUCACCAGACGCCAACAAAUUGUCGCUACCCAGAAGUAACUCACAGACUGGACUGGUCGGCACCGCUGCUUUUCCUACCGGCUCGGUUCCAGAGAAAGGCAAGCUCGACCUCGACAUUCCUGAUCUAAAGAGGACUUCCUGAAGGGGGUGUGUGUUAAGCCACCACAAUGGCAGGAACCCAGUGGGAACUCCCCCCUGAGUUGUGCUGCCGGCCCCUGGCUUUUGUGGCUUUAACUGGUCUGGAUGUGGUCUUCAAUGCGGUGCACCGAGCCAUCUGGGAUGCUUUCUGUGCCAACCGCCGUGCUGACAGGGUCCCUAUCUCCUUCAAAGUUCUUCCAGGAGACCACGAGUAUCCCAAAUGUCGUUCCAAGCGGACCUCCUACGAGUGGUACAUCCCCAAAGGCAUCCUGAAAACAGGUUGGAUGAACAAACACCUGAAUCUUGUUCCUGCACUAGUGGUUCUGUUCUAUGAGCUGGACUGGGAUGAUCCACAGUGGAAAGAAAAGCAGUCAGAAUGUGCAACUAAAGUGGAGAUAGUGAGGACAAGUCUGCAGGGCAGAAACACCAAAGUGGCUGUGGUUUUAAUCCAGAAGAAAACCCCUUUACCUCCAGGAGAAGACCUGGUAGCUUCAGAGAGGGCUUCAGCUCUUUGUAACGCCUGUGACCUGUCUGGGAAGAGCCUGUUUGUUCUCCCACACACCGACCACCUGGUGGGCUACAUCAUCAGGCUGGAGAAUGCCUUCUACGAGCACGCACAGACCUACUACUACACUGAGAUCCGUCGUGUUAAAUCACACAAGGAGUUCCUCAACAAGACCACCCACCAGCUGCUGUUUGUACGACAUCAGUUUAAAAUUGCCUUCUUCAGCGAACUGAAACAGGACACCCAGAAUGCUCUGAAAUACUAUAAAACAGCCUACAGUCUGGUCCAUGAGCUGAGGGUGCACGAGACCAACAUGCUGGAGAUCAAAACCAUGGCAGGAUUCAUCAACUACAAGAUCUGCCGACUGUGUUUUCAGCACAACACUCCUCUGGACGCCAUUGCUCAGUUCAGAAAGCACAUCGACCUGUGUAAAAAGAAGAUUGGCUGUGCUGAGCUGGCCUUUGAGCACUCUGCAUGGAUGUCUAAACAGUUUCAGUCUUUUGGUGAACUAUUUGAUGAGGCAAUAAAGUUGGGUCUUACAGCCAUUCAGACCCAGAACCCGGGUUUCUACUACCAGCAGGGAGCCUGUUACAGCCAGGACAGGAAGCAGCUGGCGCAGCAGCUGUGUCAGAUCGGAGCGAGUUUCCCUGCCCAAGUCCCAGUGGAAACCCAGAGCGGAGGACUGGACUUCUACGGCCAGAGGCUUUGGAGACAAGGACACCAGAGUAUCGAUCCACCCGAUGCUGACAAGGAGAAGAGCGGGAUUCUGGCUCUGCAAAUGAAGGAGAGGGAUGUCCCACAUUCUGAGCUGAUCAUAGCUCUUCUCAGUAACGCCGUUGCUCAGUUUAAGAAGUACAAGUGUCCUCGGAUGAAGAGCCACCUCAUGGUCCAGAUGGGAGAGGAAUACUACCACGCUAAAGACUACAUUAAAGCCCUAAAGCUGUUGGAUUACGUGAUGUGUGACUAUCGGACCGAGCGCUGGUGGGGUCUUCUGACAGCCAUCCUGAACACAGCUCUUUGUUGUGCCUAUCUGAUGGCCAGUGUGAAGGACUACAUCAUUUACAGCAUGGAGCUGCUGGGCCGAGCUUCUACCUUAAAGGAGGAGCAAAAAUCCAGGAUCCAGAAAAAUCUCUUCCGAGUCCUAAUGAACGAGGUCCCGGAGGCCGAGCCUGAGUGUGACCCAUCUUCUGUCAGCGCCGCCAGGUCGCUGUGGACCGACCGAACGGCCCUGGCUGGAUCCAACGAGCUGACCAUAGAAGUUCAGGACUACGUCCCCUUCAUCCAGUGCAAAGCCAAAUUCCAGUCUCCAAGUUUCCAUGUGGACCAGUCCAUCCAGCUCCAGGUCUUCCUUCGAGCAGACUGUCCUCAUCCUGUGUCUUUCAACAAGCUAGCUGUUAGCUUCAGUAACCAGGAAUACAACCAGUGGUGUGCAGCAAAGUCACAGGGUCCUGACAGUUGGACCCUCCUUCCAGGGAAAACUAAAUGCUGCAACUUCAGCUUUGUAGCUAAAACUGAAGACGUUGGUAAAAAGGUAGAGAUUACUGGCAUUGAGUUGGUGCUGGGCAGCGACAGUGGCCGCUGUGUUUUUCUGAGCUGGAGAGGUGCUGGUGGAGACACUGCUUCAGCCCAGGAGGCCCUGCAGGCCAGCAGGUCAUCACGCAGGUGGUGGCGUGGCCUUGGGGCACGUCAGGAGCUUGACUGGGACAGUCUGACUGUUCAACAUAGCACCAUGAUCAUAUCCAGAAUCCCAAAGAUCUCUGUCCACCUGAGCCACCAGCCUCCUGUCCUCAAGAAUGAAAUGUACUGCAUCUGCUUCACUGUCCAGUCACAGGAGGCGGCUGUGGCUCAAGACAUCAGACUGACAGCAGGUCUCAAACCAGGCCAGGAUGCAAAUCUGGGCCUAGCUACCCAUGUGACCCUCGACGGCUCCAGCGUUUGUGACGAUGGUGCUCCAGCUCUGCUCACCGAUGUGCCUCUGGGUGACCUGAAACCUGGAGAAAAGCUGGAGAGGUGUGUUUUUGUGAGGUGUGCGUCCACUGGGCCAAGGGUCUUCCUGUUUCAGGUGGCCUACAGCAUCGACACAGAAGUGGAAGGACGACAGAUUGUGUGCAGAUGCCAUAAGGAUGAGAUGGUAACCAUAGAGACGGUCGUCCCGUUUGAGGUGUCAGUCAAGUUUGUAUCUACCAAGUUUGAGCCUCUGGAGCAGGUAGCGGUGGACAUUCCCUUCCUGCUGAUGACAGACCUGGUCUCUUUGUCUCCGUGGCCCCUGAUGCUGAGCUCCUCCUCCCUGCAGCUGCUCACACUGAGCAGCAGCACGACUCAGCUCCAGUCACAGCUGCAGCAUGUGGUUAUUCAGACUGGUGAGUGUGCCAGUGAGUGUUUUUGUCUUCGAUGUCCAUCUGGGACCAACAGCGCCAACACUGUAGCGACAGGACAGUACCUAGUAUCAUGGAGGAGGCAGGCCUCUGGUCCAGACGGGCCCCUGAUCCAGACCACAGUCAGUCUCCCUCAUGUGAUCCUGGAGUCUGUUCCUGUUUACAUCACCGCUGAUUUACCGUCAUUUGGGCGAGUGAGAGAGUCCUUUCCAGUUCGUUACCACAUUGAGAACAGAACAGCCCUGGUGCAGGAGGUAGAGAUCGCUGUGGAACCAUCUGAUGCCUUCAUGUUCUCUGGACUCAAACAGGUGCGUCUGCGUAUCCUCCCUGGGACCCAGCAGCAGAUGCUGUAUAAUUAUUACCCCCUGAUGGCGGGUUACCAAACACUGCCACAGCUGAACGUCUGCCUGCCGCGCUGCCCUGACUCUAACAGCCUCGCUCUCAGACGCUUCUUGCCUCAGCACAUCUUUGUAAAGCCUCAGGGUCGACAGCUGGACGACACUUCCAUCGCUGCAGCGUGAGGAGAAAUAAAAUGUAUCUGCUAAAACAAUGAGCGCAGCGUGGUGUAUGUUCAUAAUUACCCUAACUGUCUACAUUUCUGUAAAAAUGCAUCAUGUUCUGACAUGACAUUUUAGUCACAAUGAUUACAGGUGAUCACAUAAAAUGACCAGCAGCUUGUAAAUGACCUGAUUCAGCUGUGAAGAGCCGAUGGUGUGAUGAAGUCAGUAAAGCUGACGCAUCCUGCAGGUCAUCAAACUGUCUUUUUCUAAAUCAGACUGUUGCAUUGCAGGAUGAGACAUGGGUCAUUUACUUUUACUGAAAAAUGUGAGUGUUUUACCAACAAACACACUAACAUGUCCAACGGUGCUGUUCGAUUGCUGCUUUUUACUCUGGUUAUCUUCAAGCAAACUUGUUCAAAAAUGAAUCUUUUUUUGCGUGUGUGAUCAUUUUUUGUGUUUUACAAUGACAUAGGUUAGGAUCGUGUAUGGAAAUAAUUGCUGUGAAUACUGAACAGAAUAUCAUUCACUAUCCAAUCAUCAUGAAUCAUUACACAUGUAACAUACAGAACAAAAACAUUUAGACAGGUUGUUUUUCACUCUGAAAAUACUGCUAAUUAUUUUAUUUGCCUUUUUUUUAAAGUGAAUGUUUCUCUCUGCUAGGUGUGUAAAUAAACUAAAACAUUAAAAUAAAUUCAAAUUUUAUGGCA